GCCGGUAGCGGAGGCGAAUCUGCCGCGCUCGUCCUACCGCUAGCGCAGUUUGGGCGGUUGUCAGGGAGAAACAAGAUGGCGGCCGCAGCGACGGAGGAGGACACGGAGCUGCGGGACCUGCUGGUGCAGACGCUGGAGAGCAGCGGGGUGCUCAAUAAGAUUAAGGCAGAGUUGCGAGCAGCUGUUUUUUUGGCAUUGGAAGAACAAGAGAAAGUAGAGAACAAAGCACCUCUGGUAAAUGAAAGCUUGAAAAGUUUUUUAGGUACAAAAGAUGGUCGCUUGGUAGCAGGUCUUGUUGCAGAAUUUCUACGUUUUUUUAAUCUUGAUUUUACAUUGGCUGUUUUUCAGCCUGAAUCAAGCACACUAAAUGGCCUUGAUGGUCGAGAAAACUUAGCUCGAGAUUUGGGAAUUAUAGAAACAGAAGGUACCGUGGGUGGUCCCCUGUUGUUGGAGGUUGUUAGAAAAUGUCAGCAGAAAAAGAUUUCAGGCAGUGGAGAAGUGGCUGCAGUUUUAAGUGAUAGCCUGUGCCCCACAUCAAAAUCAUCUGAUGGAAGAUCAAGUACACCUGCUAUACCAAAUAAGGCUACUGAAACCACUCAAAGUGAUACAAGUGUCUCAUCAGGGGAAGCAAGCAAAAGAAGCAUUCAUUUUCUGCCUAAUGAAACAAAACUAGAUCCUCAACUAGAAAACAAAGACUUAAAUACCAAAGAAAAAAGUGAUCCAGGUGUGGAUGAAGAUGAUGCAGAGGGAGAUUCUUUUUUUGAUGAUCCUAUACCCAAACCAGAAAGAACUUAUGGCUGGAAAACUGAAACUAAUAAAGCAGGAGGUCUAGCAUCCCUUUCUGAUGCACCCCGUCUAAAAAGUGGAUUAAGCUCCCUGGCUGGUGCACCUUCACUAAAGGAGUCUGAUAAUUUGAAUAGAAACUCUGUUUUGAAAGACCUGCGGUUGGUGAAUGCAAAACUGGGAUCACUAGAAUUAGGCAAUGGAGAUGACGAUGAGUAUGCUGAUGACUUCAACAGUACUAGUCAUCGCUCAGAAAAAAGUGAUAUCAGUAUUGGUGAAGAAAUAGAUGAAAUUUCUGUGGAAACAGAAGAGUCAAAUGCCAGUGAUAAACUUGAAGGCAUCACGCAAGACCUUACCAUUUCUCAGUUAAGUGAUGUUGCAGAUUACCUAGAAGACGUGGCAUAGAAUUGGACAGCAAAAAUGUUUCAUUGUGCUGGACGAGAAGACUGCUGUGGACUGUUAAUUACAGACAAUCACUUUUUGCUGGAAUGUCCACUCCCUAUUUGUGCCUUGUGUUUCAAAAAGACUGUAGGUGGAGAAGGCUUUUAAAUAUUCUUAACAAGAACUAAAUGAAAUAGUGUGUUCCCGUUUGAGUCUAUCAGAAUUAUUUUCUUCAUUUGGUUCAGCCAAACCUUUUACAGCAGGAAGUGGAUUUUCCAAGUAGAAUGUCCAUUGCUGGCAGUGGGCAUAAUAAAAACCAAUUGAUAAGUGAACAUCUACAGAGAGGCAUGUGGCUUUAUAAUGAACUUGCACUGUUAUUGUAACAGUCUGAACUUUUUUUAAAGAUAACCAAAGGAAGAACCUUCAGAGGUGGUGGUUCAACUCACGCUUCUUUUAACACAAUUUUGUCAAGUCAGCAUGUAGUACAUAUUUAUGAUAACUCUAGCCACAAAACCUAAUUGCUCCAAACUUACUUGAAACUGCUGUUUUUCAGACUCUUCUGAAAGUUGGACUUUUUUCUUUUUUUUUAAAGGCAUAUCAAAUUGAGAGUAUCUUAACUCUCAAAUCUAAAUUUAGCUAAAUUUAGGAGCUAAAUUUAGCACUAGUCUUAACUCUGAAUAUUCUUGUUUAAAUAUGUUUGUCAGACCAUUGAUGUUAAGACCCAGGCUGUUUUUUUACAUAUGAUAAUUUCAUUGAUGUAAACUGUUGUUAAAUCACGAAAAGUAAUUUUGUAAGGAUCCACAAAUCAUUAGCUAAAUCUUAUUGGUUUUUGUUAAGUUUUUAACAGUGUGGUAAUGGUUUGUGGAGCUUUUAUUACUGAGGGCUCUUCAUGUGCUGUAAGCUUGCUUUCAUUCUUGAAAAUCCUUAUUACGUAAAAAUGAGCGCCAAAAAGUGAAACGACUAACCUUCUGUUUUUCAGAUUCUGACUGCUGUACAGAAUUAAAUCCAAAUAUUUAAAAAUACCAUAUUGAAGACAUUAUGGACACUAAGUCCUAGCUAAGAGCAAAUUCUUGUAUAUUAGUUAUAUUCUUGCAAAACAGGGUCAGUAAUGGAAACAUUGACAGUUCUAUAACGAUACAGUUAUACAUGGCGCUGCUAUAAUAUAUAGGUCAUGGACAUUUGUAAUACUGAAACAAGACUUCAAAAUGUGCACUUUCUGAACAUUGUGAACACAUUUGGAAAAUAUACAUGUAAGUGAAUAUAAAUAAUUUAACUUUUUUUUUAGGCUUUAAUUUUUUUCAGGAACACUGUUGGCAGCUCAUAAAUGGUCACCACAGUGGAAGUAGCAUGCUAAACUAAAGCCAUUGGUUAAACAUAUAGAGCUGCUACUAGCAUUGGAUGCUGAGUUAAAUCUUUUUUUGCACUGGGCCAGCGGGCAUGGAACAGUGCUGGGAAGUUAGGCUUGUACAGUACAUAAAUGGUUUGAGAGGAGAGAGGAAAAGUGUGCCUUUUAUUUAUGUGCACCCCAAAAUAGCCAGCAAAAAAGCAUCAGAAUAUUUAGUCAUGGUGUUAACUUUUAACUUUGUGCCAUAUUGUAGCAGCUAAACACAGAGGAGAAUAUUUUUCACCCCCCAAAAAUCAAUGUGCCAUAGACUUCAGGUAACAACAGUGUUGUAACAUGAUACAUCCUGUGCAAAAAUUCCUGUAAGUAUGGGGGAACCUGUGCCUCAAGAUACUAGGCGUGAAAAGUUUGUUUGGGGCUUGUUUUUGUUUUUUUGUUUUUUGUUUUUUUUA